AGUACUAAUUCAGAUUCGUGUGGGAGAGUAUUGGUUUUGUUGCGAAGUGUGAAAGGAACGGGCUAUUGACUAUGCCAUUACUCAAAAACGUAAAAGUUAUAAACUCGGCUGUUCAUUUAAGCAAACUCUUUUGCCGGUUUUCGUCAUCGAUCGCAAGUAAUCAGAAAAAUCUGCAAUUGAACUAUUUGGAAGAAAAAGACAAUGGAAUCGUCGUGCUUGAAUUGAACCGACCACAGGCGAAGAAUGCUCUUAAUCGAACUUUAGCUACAGAUUUUUCCUCUGCAAUAGAUGCCGUAAAAUAUGAUAAAACUGUAAGGGUUCUCAUUAUUAGAAGUAUGGUUCCUGGUAUCUUCUGUGCUGGUGCAGAUCUGAAGGAAAGAUUAAAACUUACGAACCAAGAGGUGAAAAUAUUUGUGUCCAAACUGAGAUCACUUACUAAUGCAGUUGAGAAUUUGCCUAUGCCAGUAAUUGCUGCUGUGGAUGGUGCUGCUCUUGGUGGUGGAUUUGAAUUAGCAUUAGCUUGCGACAUGAGAACAGCAUCUGAUAAUGCCAUGCUUGGUUUAGUAGAAACAAAAUUGGCUAUCAUACCAGGUGCAGGAGGUACACAGCGGUUACCUAGGCUUGUUGGACCUGCAUUUGCCAAAGAGCUAAUUUUCACUGCUAAAACAUUAACAGGGGCAGAGGCUAUGAAAAUGGGUCUUGUUAAUUAUACUGUUAAACAAAAUAGUGAAGGAAAUGCAGCCUAUUUGAAAGCACUGGAGCUUGCUCGUGAAAUUGUUCCUAAUGGACCAGUUAGUCUCAAAAUGGCAAAAGUUGCAAUAAAUGCUAGUUUAGAAGUGGAUCUCAACACUGGUAAUAUUAUUGAAGAAGCAUGUUAUGCACAGGUUAUUCCUACAAAGGACAGAGUGGAGGGUCUGAUAGCAUUCAAAGAAAAACGUACACCUAUAUAUACUGGAGAAUGAAAUAAGUCACAUGCAUGGGCACGAUAAUUAGGAAACAUGUGACAAGACACUAUUUUAUUCAUAAUAUCUUUGGGGAUACAAUCUCUUAUACAUUAAAAUUUUAUAAAACAAGUAAUAAAAAUUUACUGAAAA